AUGGGACUCAAUAUAUCUAAAACAUCUCAGUGGGCUCUCCAAGCUGGUGGAAUUGCACCUUUAAAGGUUUUAGGUGAAAUACAUACCACUCUUUCCUACGACAAUAAACCGCUUCGCUUGGACGCCUUAGUUGUGGAUGAAUUGGAUGUUGAUGUGUUAGCUGGAACUUCAUUUAUGUCUUGCAACGACAUCUCUGUACGACCUUCAACACGCGAGAUUUCAUUGCAUGGUAUCGUCGUUUAUCAAUAUGGUGAUAUCAAAUCAUGUAAAGACUCAUCAACCAUACGCAGAACCCAAGCAUAUGUUUUACGCACAUCAUCACAGACAGUAGUUUGGCCAGGGGACUUUCUUGAAGUUUGUCUGCGCCCGGAACUACAAAAAGACCAGUAUGUUGCUAUAGAGACAAGAACAGAUACCUCAUCGUCUCCUCAUACAAAGUUGUCUCGAACUUGGCCUCAGUCUAACAUUUUACCAACCGUAGCUGGAAAAGUGCGAAUCCCUAAUCUUUCUACUGAACCCCAUUGUAUUCGUCGAAAUAGUCAUUUUUGUCAAGUACAAUCUGUGACGUCAGUUCCUACCAAUCCAGUUGAAAUAACUUUAGCUACCCAGUCUCAUACCACAAAAGUCAUCACCAAUUCUCAAGCUGUUCGUCUAAACCCCGAUUCAAUUUUAACCCCCUGUUAG